GUGGGGGAAGAGAGGGAGAGAGGGAGACAUCCAGCCAGAGGCAGGAGACAUAUUGCUGCGGGAGCUGCGCUAGAGCCCUUCUACACCCAGGACGAACAGAAUGUCUAGUCGGGGCGGGAAAAAGAAGUCGACCAAAACCUCCCGCUCGGCGAAGGCCGGGGUCAUCUUCCCAGUGGGUAGGAUGCUGCGCUACAUCAAGAAGGGACACCCCAAAUACCGCAUCGGGGUCGGUGCCCCUGUCUACAUGGCUGCCGUGCUCGAGUACCUGACCGCGGAAAUUCUGGAAUUGGCUGGAAAUGCAGCAAGGGACAACAAGAAGGGGCGAGUCACUCCCAGACACAUCCUGCUGGCUGUAGCGAAUGAUGAAGAAUUGAAUCAGUUAUUGAAAGGGGUGACCAUUGCCAGCGGGGGAGUAUUACCCAACAUCCACCCAGAGUUGCUAGCCAAGAAGCGGGGCUCCAAGGGCAAGCUGGAAGCCAUCAUUACAGCACCCCCCGCCAAAAAGGCAAAGUCUCCACCCCAGAAGAAACCUGUCUCGAAGAAAGCGGGGGGCAAGAAGGGAGCACGGAAAUCUAAGAAGAAGCAGGGUGAAGUCAGCAAGGCAGCCAGUGCAGACAGCACAACGGAAGGCACACCUGCAGAUGGCUUCACCGUGCUCUCGACCAAAAGCCUCUUCCUUGGCCAGAAGCUGAACCUAAUUCACAGUGAGAUCAGUAAUUUAGCCGGCUUUGAGGUGGAGGCCAUUAUCAAUCCUACCAAUGCCGACAUUGACCUUAAAGAUGACCUAGGGAGCACCCUGGAGAAGAAGGGGGGCAAAGAGUUUGUGGAAGCAGUGAUUGAACUUCGGAAAAAGAACGGGCCCUUGGACGUGGCUGGAGCUGCUGUCAGCGCAGGCCACGGCUUGCCCGCCAAGUUUGUGAUUCAUUGUAACAGCCCCGGGUGGGGCUCGGACAAAUGUGAGGAACUUCUGGAAAAGACCGUGAAGAACUGCUUGGCUUUGGCAGAUGAGAAGAAGCUGAAAUCAAUUGCAUUUCCAUCGAUUGGCAGUGGCAGGAAUGGCUUCCCGAAACAGACGGCCGCCCAGCUGAUCCUGAAAGCCAUCUCCAGCUACUUCGUGUCAACAAUGUCCUCUUCGAUCAAAACGGUUUAUUUUGUGCUGUUUGACAGUGAGAGUAUAGGGAUCUACGUCCAGGAAAUGGCCAAGCUCGAUGCCAACUAAGGCACCAGAGCUACCUAACCGCCCUACUCCCAAUUUGCUUCCUCCCCCUCCCUGCCCCCCCAACACCCGCCCUCCCCACCCGCCCAUCCUCUACGAAAAAAGUCCCAAACUCCUUACUGUGAGGCAACCCCCUUUCUUUUCAAUUUUGCUCAUCUAGGGAAAUAUGAUUUUUGGUUUUCAGUUUGGGUUUUGGUUUUUUUUUUGACCUUCUAAAAAUGUUUGGUUAGCACUGAUAGUUGGCAUUACUGCUGUUAAUGCACUGUAUCCCAAGCCUUGUCCGAAUUUUGUGUAAUCUAGGAGAUUUUAUAGUUUUAUUUUAAUGAAUUCCAGAAUGAUCCAGAGCAUAGUCGGAAGUACGUUGUCUUUUCCAUGUGAGAGAAACCGGGAAGCUCUAUUUUGUAACUGUGUUGUGGUGCUUAAUUGUCCAUCUGGUGGCGUUCCAUUCAUUUUUUUACAAAAGAAAAAACAAAAAAACAAAUGCUAUAGACCUAAUUUGUGUUUACUUAUUGUCUUACUGAUGGAACAGGGGAAAGAAAAAACUGUUGUCCUUAAUUAUAUUUGCAAUUUGGAAUUUGUGUGAAUUGAUUUAGUAAAAUGUCCAACUGUUGGU